CGACGGCGCAGCGUUUUAUUGAAACGUGAAGUUGAUACAGUAAGGUGUGAAAAGUGUUGUGUGUGAGAAAUACCAAAAAUCGUUAAUUAUAACUACUUGGAUUAUAUUUGAAGCUUUUACUGACUAGGAUAAGGAAUCACAAUGGGUAAAGACUACUAUAAAAUAUUGGGACUCUCCAAAGGCGCCUCUGAUGACGACAUAAAGAAAGCGUACCGUAAGCUGGCACUGAAGUACCACCCGGACAAGAACAAGGCAGCUGGUGCCGAAGAGAGGUUCAAAGAAGUAGCUGAGGCGUAUGAAGUGUUAUCAGACAAGAAGAAGCGUGAGAUUUACGAUGCCCAUGGUGAGGAGGGACUCAAGGGCGGAAUGGGAUCCCACAAUGGUCCUGGAGGCGGCCAGUCGUUCUCGUACACGUUCCACGGGGACCCGAGGGCGACAUUCGCACAGUUCUUCGGAUCAGCCAGUCCAUUCCAAGCAUUCUUCGAUAUGAACGGUGGCGGCGGAGGCACCACUAUGUUCUUCGAUCGCGACAUGGAUGUAGACAUGGACCCAUUCGCGAAUAUGGGAAUGGGAACAGCUCGACCUGGCGGCCCCGGUGGUGCUUUCCGCAGUCACAGUUUUAACUUCCACGGAUCGCCCAGCCGUAAGGAGAAAACUCAAGACCCGCCUAUUGAACACGACUUGUAUGUGUCCCUGGAGGAUAUUGCGCGCGGUUGUGUGAAAAAGAUGAAAAUAUCUCGUCGUGUUCUGCAGCCUGAUGGAACUGCUAAGAAGGAAGACAAAGUUCUAACAAUUCAUGUGAAACCUGGCUGGAAGGCUGGCACUAAGAUCACGUUCCAGAAAGAGGGUGACCAGGGACGCAACAAGAUCCCAGCAGAUAUAGUGUUCAUCAUCAGAGAUAAACCACAUCCAUUGUUCAAGAGGGAAGGCAGUGACAUCAGAUAUUCAGCAAAGAUCUCAUUGAAACAGGCUCUUUGUGGUACCAUCAUUGAAGUACCAACCAUGUCGGGCGAGAAGCUGACAGUGAAUCUUCAAGCUGAAGUAGUGAAACCACACACGGUGAAGAGGUUCCCUGGAUAUGGUCUACCUUUACCCAAGGAACCAACACGGAAAGGAGACUUGCUAGUUGUUUUCGACAUCAAAUUCCCUGACCGUCUCUCACAAGGAACAAAAGAAAUUCUUAUGGAUACUCUACCCAAUUAAUUAACAGACUGGAUAUCUCAUUAGUAUGGAUUUCAGUGUAUAAUGGUGGUUCUGACAGAAGUUCCUUUCAAACUAGGUCUGAGAAAGCCAUACUUGAAGGCCUUUGGUAUGACUUUGUUGAACCAGAAUUCAUCCAAGUGAAUGUUUGGAGAAGUACAGGAAGAAUUGUCAGAAACAUUUGGUUUAUAUGCUCAAAGCUAGUGAUGGGACAUUCCUACUAGUGUUGUUGUAGGAACUUACUCAUUUAUGUUGCCUAAUUACUUUACUGAUUGUAACUGUUGUAAGAAUGGCUAGCCAAAUUUAGUUUGAUUGGGUAGACUCCAUGCGUUUUAGUACGGAGAGCUAAGUGAGACUGAAGUGUGUAUUGUAUUUAAUGCUGAUUAAGUUGUAAAUAUUUUUAUAAUGUAAAUACUUGAUGACAGUGAUUGUAAGUUUUAAGUUUCAUUGGAAACUUGGAAUUGGCAAUUAUGUUGGACAUGUGCAUGAAAUGUAGCUUUAUUAUUGUGAAUAUGAGGCUAUGUUUCUGUGACAUGGUGGCUAGAGUUUAUUAUGUAGUUGUGUAGUGACAAGAGACAUUUAACUUAUCACUUAUAAUUGCUGUUAAAAAUUGACUAAUAAACAAGAUACUACUAUAUU